AUGGCGGAGAUAUCACGACGGGAAGAAAUGGGAAUUUCGGAACUUCCGCCGGCGAUUGCGGCUGAUUCCGGCGGGGUUGGAGGCGUCGUUUCAUUGCUAAUGGGGCGCGUGCGCGUGGCCAGGCUUCUGCGCGCACCAACCCCACAAACAUUGUUCACAACAACGACAAUAUUGAUCUUCUUGUUCGUCGUCUUAUCAUGCUCCGUAGUCAUUUCCUCGGCUGCACCGGACUCUGCCGUCGACGCCCUCAUGCGGUUCAGGAACUCGCUAUCGGACAGCAAAUCCCUCGCCAACUGGGACCCGCAAACCGCCCCAUGCAACGGCAACAGGGCGAAUUGGGUAGGCGUCCUUUGCUUCCACGGCAACGUCCGAGGCCUGCAGCUGGAGAACAUGGGGCUGAAGGGCAUCGCCGACGUCGCGUCGCUCGCCUUGAUGCCCCAUUUCCGAACGCUGAGCUUCAUGAACAACACCUUGAUCGGUCCAAUCCCGGACCUCAAGAAGCUGAGCAGAUUGAGGUCGGUGUACUUGUCGUACAACCAUUUUUCGGGGGAGAUCCCGGACGAUUGUUUUUCGGGAAUGCGGUUUCUCAAGAAGGUAUUGCUUUCGAACAACGAGUUUGAGGGGAAAAUCCCUUCAUCGCUCGUAGGAUUGGCUAAACUUGUUGUGUUGAGGCUUGACGGGAACAAGUUUGAGGGAAGAAUACCAUCUUUUGGACAGCAGAGUUUGAAGAGGAUAAAUGUGUCCAAUAAUGCAUUGGAGGGUUCUAUUCCGGAUACCCUAAACAAGAUGGAUUCAAGUGCCUUUUCAGGUAACAAGAAUCUAUGUGGACCUCCCCUUGAAUCAUGCAGCUCCCUUACAAUUAACAUCUACCCUAACAAUGACAAGAAGAGUACAUCUGAAAUUAAAAUUGUCCUAAUAGGGUUGAUCAUAGCCCUUAUAGUAGCCAUUCUUGCUGCGGCUUUCAUCAUAGCUAGAUCAAGAAGGCGAAAUUCACAACUAGACCGGUCUUUAACAUUGAACGAUCGUCAUUUUAAUACGUUCACGACGUCUUACGGGCUCAUGAACAACCAACCAUCCGAGCCAGAAGCCACUCCGAACCCAAGGAGGGCAACGGAAGGUAAGUUGUCGUUUUUGAGGGACGACAGGCAAAGAUUUGAUUUGCACGAUUUGCUGCGAGCCUCGGCGGAGAUCUUAGGCAGUGGAACAUUUGGGUCUUCAUACAAGGCUAACAUAUUGUGUGAUGCAUUGGUUGUGAAGAGAUAUAGGCAGAUGAACAGUUUGGGAAGAGAAGAGUUUCAUGAGCACAUGAGGAGGUUGGGAAGAUUGAACCACCCAAACUUGCUGCCCCUUGUGGCUUAUUACUAUAGGAGAGAAGAGAAGCUCUUGGUUUAUGACUAUGUGGAGAAUGGAAGCUUAGCCUUUCAUCUUCAUGGCAAUCGCAGCAUGGACCAACCGGCGCUAGACUGGCCAACCCGCUUAAGAAUCAUCAAAGGCGUAGCCAAGGGCUUGACAUACCUCUACAACGCACUACCAAGCCUAGUAGUCCCCCAUGGCCAUCUCAAGUCCUCCAACAUCGUCGUCACCGACGCCUUUGAGCCGCUGAUGACCGACUACGGCCUCCUCCCCGCCAUCAACCUCGACCACGCGCAGCACCUCAUGAUGGCCUACAAGUCCCCCGAGCACGCCAAGCUCGGCCGCAUCACGAAGAAGACCGACGUCUGGAGCCUCGGGAUCAUCAUCCUCGAAAUCCUCACCGGGAAGUUCCCGGAGAACUACCUGACGCAGAGGUACGACCCCAACGCCGACUUGGCGGGCUGGGUGAACGAGAUGAUCAAGGAGAAGAAGACGGGGCAGGUGUUCGACGCCGAGAUGGGAGGCGUCAAGAACAGCAAAGGGGAGAUGCUGAAGCUGUUGAUGGUGGGAGUGAGUUGUUGUGAGGAGGAUGUGGAUAGGAGAUUGGAUUUGAGUGAGGCUGUUGAGAAGAUUGACAAGCUGAGUCAUGAUGAGAGGGAAAAUAUUGUUAAUAAUCAUAAUAAUAAUAAUAUUGUUGAUGGGGAGUUUUUUCAUGGUAUUAAUGUUAAUGGAGAAGAAGAAGAUGGGUAUAUUUCAAGAGCAAUGUUAUAA